GAGAAUAAUACACAUAAAAUAAAAUGGCAUGGAUUCAUUUAUUGAAGAAAAUACUAGACUAGAAGGGAAUAGAAUAGAUAUUUGAUAUGAGACUACUGCAGAUGGAUCUAAUCCGUGGGAUGAGCUAGGGUCCACUAACUGUGUAUCUUUCUCCGUAUUUUUCUGUGUUCUAAUUUUAGCUGCAAUAUUUUUCCACCUCCAUUUAUUUUUGCAGAACCUAAUUUUAAUUUCCUCCUCAAAUAGUAUCUGUAUCUAUCCAUCGCUCACCACUUUGAAUUUUCCACUUAUUCUUAUUAUUCCGAAUCCUAAUCGGGGAAGGAAGGAAACAGAGCGUGUGAAUAUCAAUUGCCUUUGCCAACUAAGAUGAAUUCACUUUUCCGUAUACUUUUGGUUUUUGUUCUUCUUUCGUGAGAUUUUUCCUGCAACCAACCGCAUAGUAUCCUUAACGAUUGAAGUCGUUGCUUUCAAAAGAGGUUAGACACUUUUAGCGCUCCUGACUGCUCCUUACAAUGGAAGAUGUUGAAGACAAGAUACCCCCUGUCACCUCUUCAAAAAUUACUGAAGAGACAACACUGGCAGAGCAUGUUGGAGACAAGCUUCCAUCUGAAUCCUCUCCAAAAAUUGCAGAAGAGACACCCCUGGCAGAACUUGUUGGAGACAGGCUUCCAUCUGAAGCUUCUCCAAAAAUUGCUGAAGAGACACCACUGGCAGAACAUGUUGGAGACAAGCUACCAUCUCAAUUCUCUUCAGAUAUUGUUGAAGACACACCACUGGCAGAACAUGCUGGAGACAAGCUACCAUCUGAAUUCUCUUCAGAAAUUGUUGAAGAGACACCACUGGCAGAACAUGUUGGAGACAACCAACCAUCUGCAUCCUCUUCAAAAAUUGAUGAAGAGACACCACCGGCAGAACAUGUGACAGACAACUCUGAAUCCUCUUCUAAAACUGCUGAAGAGUCACCACUGGCCGAACAUGUUGUCGACAAGCUACCCUCUGAAUCCACUACAAAAAUUGCUGAUGAGAUGCCACUGGCAGACCCCCCUGAAGAAAAUACUGAAGUGAUAAACCCACCUGGCAAUCAAUCUUCCACUGAAGCUCCAACAAUCCCACUUAGUAAUGGAAAAAUGGAGCCUGGUACUCAUUUGCCAGUGGAUGAGUUCUCUGAAUUAGCAGUGUUGCCAAAUGCUUCUGAUGAUCAAACUUUAAUACAAGAUGUUGCAGUUGAUGUAACAGAAAAAAGCCAGCAGGUAACUUCAGCUGAAGAUUCUGAACCAGGUGCUGUAGAAAAUGUCUCUGACAGGCAUGAAUUGCAGGAUGAUAUUUCUAAUAUCACUGCUGACAGUGAUGCUGAUAAUGAGAUUAGACUCUCAGCUUCUUCUUCUGAAACAAAAGAUUCACAAAGUGAUCACAAUGAACUUACAAUGGCUAUGGGAACAGUUGGCUCACUCCCCCGUGCCAAGCUAUUUGAUGCAAAAAGAGGCCUUAUUGAUACCACAGCUCCUUUUGAAUCUGUCAAGGAAGCUGUUUCCAAGUUUGGAGGAAUUGUGGAUUGGAAGGCUCAUAGGAUCCACACCGUGGAGAGACGCACUCUUGUAGAACAAGAACUUGAAAAGGCACAGGAGGAGAUCCCAGAGUACAAAAAACAAGCAGAGACUGCUGAACAGGAAAAAGGUCAAGUACUAAAGGAGUUGGACAGCACAAAGAGACUAAUAGAAGAAUUAAAACUUAACCUAGAGAGAGCACAUACAGAAGAGCGUCAAGCAAGACAGGACUCAGAACUUGCAAAGCUCAGAGUGGAAGAGAUGGAGCAGGGUAUUGCAGACGAAUCAAGUGUUGCAGCCAAGGCACAACUUGAGGUAGCCAAAGCCAGAUAUACAGCAGCUGUUUCAGAUUUAAUAGCUGUGAAAGAGGAGCUGGAAGCAUUGCACAAAGAAUACACUUCCUUAGUGACUGAUAGAGAUGUAGCUAUUAAGAAAGCUGAAGAGGCUGUUACUGCAUCAAAGGAAGUAGAGAAGUCUGUUGAAGAUUUAACUGUUGAACUAAUUGCUGCAAAAGAGUCAUUGGAGACUACACACGCUGCGCAUUUGGAAGCAGAGGAACAAAGAAUAGGAACAGUCAUGGCAAGAGAUCAAGAUUCUCUCAAUUGGGAGAAGGAACUUAAACAGGCAGAAGAAGAGCUCCAAAGACUCAACCAGCAAAUUUCAUCUGCGAAGGAACUCAAAUCUAAACUGGAAACAGCCUCUGCUUUGCUGAUUGAUUUGAAAGCUGAAUUAACUGCUUAUAUGGAAUCAAAGUUAAAGCAAGAAGGAGGCCCAGAAGAACCAGAGAUAAAGACACACACUGACAUACGAGAAGCAGUGGCAUCAGCCGGAAAGGAACUUGAGGAAGUAAAUCUUAACAUAGAGAAAGCAACUGCUGAGAUUAGUAUCUUGAAGGUAGCUGCUACAUCAUUGAAAUUGGAACUUGAACAAGAAAAAGCAACUCUUGCCUCCAUUAGGCAAAGAGAAGGAAUGGCCUCCGUUGCAGUGGCAUCUCUGGAAGCUGAAUUGGAAAAGACCAGAUCAGAAAUAGCUUUGGUUCAGAUGAAGGAGAAAGAAGCUAAAGAGAAAAUGACCGAGCUUCCCAAGAAACUACAACUAACAGCUGAAGAGACUAAUCAAGCCAACUUGCUUGCUCAAGCAGCUCGGGAAGAGCUACAGAAAGUAAAGGCGGAAGCAGAGCAAGCCAAGGCUGGAGUAAGUACCUUGGAAAGUAGAUUACUUGCAGCUCAAAAGGAGAUAGAGGCUGCAAAGGCUUCUGAAAAUUUGGCAAUAGCAGCAAUUAAAGCAUUGCAAGAGAGUGAAUCAACUAGAAGCAAAAAUGAAGUGGACCCAUCUAAUGGGGUAACACUGUCUUUGGAAGAGUACUAUGAGCUUAGCAAGCGAGCACAUGAGGCAGAAGAGCGAGCCAAUAUGAGGGUUGCAGCUGCUAAUUCUGAAAUUGAUAAAGUCAAGGAGUCUGAAUUGAAAGCCUUUGAAAAGUUGGACGAAGUGAAUAGAGAGAUAGCUGCUAGAAGGGAAUCCUUGAAAUUGGCAAUGGAGAAAGCUGAGAAGGCAAAGGAAGGUAAAUUAGGUGUAGAACAAGAAUUAAGAAAGUGGAGAGCUGAAAGUGAACAACGAAGAAAGGCCGGCGAGUCUGGCCAAGGAGUAAUAAACCAGAGUAAAAGCCCUAGGGGUAGUUUUGAGGGGAAAGCAAAUAAUUUUGACCGCACUAGUGAUGCAGCUAAUCCCGCACAUUACUUGACAAGUCCAAAGGCUAAUGAGCAUGCAGACAAUGAUGAAGGUGGAUCAUCCCCAGAAUCAAAACAUGGAAAGAAGAAGAAGAAGUCAAUUUUCCCAAGGGUUUUGAUGUUCUUUGCAAGAAGAAAAACACAUUCAACCAAGUCUGGGUAAAUCCCAAAUUAUACUGCAGUUGUCUUGGCUCUCAUCCUUUUUGGAGAUCUCACAGUGACUUGAAAUGCUGGACUAUUCAAUUGCACCGACCUGUAAAUGUUGGCGAUUGCUGUGUGUAUGCUUUGAUUGUAUUCUCUCUCACUGAAGGGUUUGGUUUGGUAUAUGGUCGCCUGCUCAGUGUUUUACGUGGACAUAAAAAAUAAGUUCAUCUUUUGUGGGAAAACAGAAAAUUAGAUGAUUCUGUAUUGUGUAUAGCUUCUGAUAUAUUGAACCUCGGCUUUUGUAAAGAUUUGUCUGAGAUUUGACCAAAUGAAAGAAAAAGUUUUCCGAGUCUGAGAUUUGAUGUGCUUUCCGAGUCUGAAAAACCUCAUCAAAUUGAAACAGGAAGAAGCUUCUAAAUGACCCGAAAUCAAAAGGUGAAUUGGUGUGAAUCUUCUGAUGCUUUGGUUCAGAUUACACGCCAAAUCUUGAGUCAUUAAGGAUUCAGCUCCACUUUUCUGUGCUAGUUACACACUUAAAUCUCUAUUCUCUAGGCUCCUAUACCCAGAUUUAAUUUUUAGUAAGCUGUCGAUAGAUUUUUUAUUUUGUGAAUAGUGAUAUAUUUAUUUUUUUCUGUUCGCAACUUCGCAUUUUGUUUUUGUUAUUCAACUUUAAAUGUUAGAUUUUUGGAAUUAAGGGUCCAAUUAUUUCCUUUCAUGAACUCAA